GGGCCCUGGCCCGCGCCACACCGGCGCGAUGCUCUUCUCUCUGCGGGAGCUGGUGCAGUGGCUGGGCUUCGCCACCUUUGAAAUCUUCGUGCACCUGCUGGCCCUCCUGGUGUUCUCCGUGCUGCUGGCACUGCGCGUAGACGGCCUGGUCCCUGGCCUUUCCUGGUGGAACGUGUUUGUGCCCUUCUUCGCCGCUGAUGGGCUCAGCACCUACUUCACCACCAUCGUGUCCGUGCGCCUCUUCCAAGAUGGGGAGAAGCGGCUGGCUGUGCUGCGCCUCUUCUGGGUUCUCACGGUCCUUAGCCUCAAGUUCGUCUUUGAGAUGUUGCUGUGCCAGAAGCUGGUGGAGCAGACUCGAGAGCUCUGGUUUGGCCUGAUCACGUCUCCGGUCUUCAUUCUCCUGCAGCUGCUUAUGAUCCGUGCCUGUCGCGUCAACUAGCCUGAAUCAGGGACUAGAGAGCGCUGGAGUGCUGGUCCUGGACCUGAGGCCCUACUUGAGCCACACCGGCGGUCUUGACCUGAAGGCAGCGCCUGCUUGUGCCAGGCUGAGUAUCCAGUUUUCUCUAUGCCAGCCACUUCUGAGAUUUUUCCUCAUCAGGGCUAAAGAGAACAACCUUGAUUCCUGAAAUGCAUUUCCUGUUAUCCAUGCUUUGAGUAGCUAAUCCUGAACUGAAAUCCUGAGAAGGGCCCCGGUCAGUUGGAAACUGCAUAUAAAUCGAGGGCCCAACUUGGCUUUGAGCAUUUUCUGUGGUUCCUGGGAAUGUACUCCUUUCCAAAAGUAGUAAAGCUCCAUUUGGGGAUUUUGUCCACCUAGCAGCAGCGACCUCCAUUCGGAUGCAUCCUUAGCAUGCAUCCUGUUGAGCUCUGAAAAUAUAAGAAACUUUGUAUCUCUUCCCUGUAUCAGGGGAGAGAAUAGCCCUUUCUUCAUUCCUGCCAGGCAGAGACAGAAAAUGUUAAGUAAGAACCUGACUGUUGCCCUGUCUGGAUAUCUGCCACCUGAGUAAAGAACUUAAAGCGCUGCUUGGUGUCAAGGCACUCUUUGGCAUUCUGUUGUAGCAGGUUGCAGUUUCGUUAGCUUUUCCACCACCUUGUGGCCAGCACCAUUAGCGCAUCCUGAGACAGAUUCAGGCCUCCCUUAAGGGACCAAAGGGAUCAUGGUGGACAAGGAGACCUGCAGAUGGGAACUUGUGAGUGGCCCAAGUUUGUUGGCCUGAGGUCUUUGGUUUGAUGUGUCAGGUGCCAAAUGAUAACAUUGGCUAACACAAAAAUAAAAUGAGAAUGUUUUUCUGAAAUGAAAAGUGGUUCCUUCUACAACUUGAAUGAGACAAAUGCUGAGAUGCAUGUUUCCUCCUGUGUGGAGUAACUGGUUAGAGCACCGAUGUAGAUAGACCACAGAGUGUUGCUAGAGCACAGUGAAUGGUGGAAGACUCCUUUGGGAAAAAUCCCUGUUUCCUGCUUUAGGAGAUGGGUAUCUUGCCCCCACCCAGGUUGAGGACUUGUAGAGUGGCACCUAUGACACCAGAGCUUUGGGCUUCUUGCCAGGAUGUGGUCAUUGGUGCACCUCAGUGGUAUGCUUUGGAGCAAGGAAACAAUGGCCUAAAACCAGUUUUUGCAUGGCCCUUGAGCUGAGGGUGGUUUUUAUAUUUU